AUGGCAUAUCAAAAGCCACCAGAUGGUGGAUGGGGCUGGGUCAUCGUCACCAUCUCCUUCUUCAUCCAGUUCCUCUGUUAUGGAUCCCCUCUGGCCGUUGGGAUUCUUUAUGUUGAAUGGCUGGACGUGUUCGAUGAAGGCAAAGGGAAGACUGCAUGGGUUGGGUCACUGGCUGCUGGAUUUGGUCUUCUAGCGAGUCCAUUGUGCAGUGCGAGUGUGUCCUCAUUUGGAGCGCGCCCAGUGACCAUCUUCAGCUCAUUCUUGGUGGCUGGUGGACUUAUCCUGAGCAGUUUUGCACCCAAUCUGUACUUUCUUUAUUUUUCGUAUGGAUUUAUGGUUGGUUUUGGGUGCGGCCUAUUGUAUACCGCAACCGUGACUAUUACAUGUCAGUAUUUUGAGAAACGUAGAGGACUCGCUCUUGGGAUCAUUUCAACAGGUUCAAGUGUUGGGACUUUUAUAUAUGCGGGUCUUCAAAAGGAGCUAAUAUCGCUCUAUGGAUUGGAUGGGUGUUUGUUAAUCGUUGGUGCUCUGUCUUUAAAUAUAUUAGCAUGUGGCAUUCUAAUGAGACCUUUGCCACAAUCACCCAAAGCUUCUCCUCUGAAGAUAUGUCCAGAGAAAAUGCCAGAUACCUACCUCAUCUACCAUGAAAAAGGUUGUAACAGUGAAGAAAAUAUAGGGACGAUUGUCAAAACAUCAGUAGAUGACUGCAAAUUGGAAACCCUCCUCCAUAAGAACAAGUUUACAGCUCUGCCCACAACAGAAAAGGACAAUUGUAUCAACAAAGUGGGGGAGGCACAUACUUGCAAACAACUAGCAAAGAACAAAUGUCACCGAUACUUGGAUUAUUGGGAAAAUACGAUUGACCUAUUCAAAAACAAAGUGUUCUCGGCACUGUUUGUGGCCAUUUUGCUUUUUGACAUUGGAGGAUUUCCUCCUGCUUUACUUUUGGAGGAUGUAGCAAAAAGUGCCAAUAUUGACGAAGAGUCCAUUGUUGUGCCACUUAUCUCCAUCUUUGGCUUCAUGAUGGCCGUCGGGAAGCUCAGUUUAGGUAUCCUUGCUGAUUUUAAAUGGAUGAAUACAUUGUAUUUGUAUAUUUUUACUUUAUUCCUGACAGGACUGGCCUUAUUUGCCGUGCCUUUUGCAAACUCAUACGCUGCUUUAGCUUUUCUUGCCGGGACACUAGGAUUUUUAUCCGGGAACUGGUCAAUAUUCCCUUAUGUGACGACAAACACCGUGGGGCUGGAAAAACUAACACAUGCCUAUGGGAUACUGAUGUUUUUUGCUGGAAUUGGAAAUUGUCUUGGACCGCCAAUAGUUGGCUGGUUUUUCGACUGGACCCAGACAUACACCAUAGCGUUCUAUUUCUGCGGAACCUGUGUUCUCUUGAGUGGACUCCUUUUGUUAGUAGUGUCUUUGCCACUUUGGGAUAAAUGCAAAAAGAAAAAGCAGGAACCAUCUUCAAAAAGCUACAUUUAUAAAGUAGCUUCAACUGUUUAACGGGUCACAGCAAUAAGAAAGAAAGAAAAAAAAAAGUAUAGAUAGUUUGUUUGAAAUGAUUGUAGUACUCAAUAUAAAUUGAGCGUGUUAAGGUAAAGCUGGAAAUCGUUCACCUGUCUCAGGUACUCUCCAAAACAACAUAAGUGUUUAUUGCAUUAUACCUUUAACGAGCCACCAGUGACGCACCCCGCCUGCCAAACCAAGGACCCCCAGGUGUCCCACUGCU